UAAUUUGGUGGUAAAAGGAGAAAGAACAAAGAAGUAAUAGCCUGAGAGAUCGAUCUAGCUAGCUAUAUACAGAAUGGGAAGAUCCCCCUGCUGCGAUGAGAAUGGCCUCAAGAAAGGACCCUGGACUCCUGAGGAAGAUGAGAAGCUUGUUCAGUACAUUCAGAAACACGGCCAUGGAAGUUGGAGAGCUCUUCCCAAGCUAGCUGGUCUGAAUAGAUGUGGGAAAAGCUGUAGGCUAAGGUGGACCAACUAUUUAAGGCCUGACAUCAAGAGGGGCAAUUUUUCUCAAGAAGAAGAGCAAACCAUACUGCGUCUCCAUUCCAUCCUUGGGAACAAAUGGUCGGCAAUUGCAUCCCAUCUUCCUGGCAGGACUGAUAACGAGAUCAAGAAUUUCUGGAACACGCAUCUAAAGAAGAAGUUAAUUCAGAUGGGUUUUGAUCCAAUGACCCACCAGCCACGAACAGAUCUUGUUUCCACCUUGCCGUAUCUGCUGGCUCUGGUCAACAUGACAGACCUCAUGGAUCACCAUCCUCAAGCUUGGGAUGAUCAGGCUGUGAAACUACAAGCCGAGGCAGUUCAGUUGGCAAAGCUUCAAUAUUUAAACUCUUUACUCCAAUCCACGACUUCCUUGAACACUACCAACUCCUAUGACCAAAAUGGCAUCAUCACGAACAUGGAAGCUAUCAACUUGCUCAAUUCAAUGUCUAAUUUGAAAGAGAACCCAGAUAUGAACUACCCACAGUUGAAUAUUAAUCCAGGCUCAUUUUCUCAUGGGAUAGAUAGCUCCCAACCACUCCACCACCCAACCAUGUUAUCUCACAUGUCAGACCCACCACAAGUCCCUUUCAGCUCGCAAUCAUGUUUGAACAGUAGUGAGAAGGGUCAAGGUGCAAACUUUACAAUGAUUAGUCAAGGGGAUCAUACGACGCCUGAUCAUGAAUCUUCAUCAAUGUUGCCAUCUAUGCCCCCUCUGGCUGGAGAUGCCACCAGUAGCUCUUCUAGCUAUGGAGGAAUUUCCUCGUCUUAUUGGACUGAAUUAUUUUUCGAGGACCCCAUUAUGCAUGAGUUAUCUUAGUAUUUCAUUUCUAGAUCCACGGUUUGCAUGAUGCUGUGUGUUAACUAGUACGUAUGCGUUGUUUGCUUAUCGGAACACUUGCAUAUAUGGACCUUAAAGUCUCCCUCC